AUGGUCCCCGCAAAGACACCUGCCAUCCGCAACGUGUACAAGCUUCUCAUCACUACUUGUGGCCGCAGGGCUCUCAGUCUCCUCAUGAAGAUCAGAAACGAAGCGCCGCCGACUCAAGCCGACAGCUGUCCUCCUUUGCCACAUCCAGUUGUUUUCUACAUUUCACUUGCUCUGCCACAUCAUUUACCCAAACCAUGUCUGCUUCCAGGCGAACACGCGUUUCGUUUUGGGAAGGAUGAUAUCAAUUAG